CUCGGUUACUUUUGAUCCCAUUGGCUACUUUGGCUAUCUUUUUGCGCAUGGUGCCGCGAGAUGUAAACAAAAGCACGUGACUCGACCCCAGCUGAUGUCUCCGUCAAGUUGAAAUUUUCCGUUUUGUUGCUGUGUUAUUGCCUUUUUCUGCAUGACAGUUUCGAGAUGGAGUUGGAUCGGUAUCUUAUGUGGUUGGUCGAUUCUCUAAAAGCUUCUCUCGAUGACGACACCGUGAACCAGACAAAAUUAAACAAAAAUAUCGAAAGCUGUUUCCAGAGGGUGAAGAAGGCCUGUGCAGCGGCCAAUAAAGACAAAGACUUUGAAGACUUCCGCUGCAAAUCCACACUUUUACUGUUGUUGUGCUGCCCGAGUGUGAAGAACCAGCCAAUAGUGAGAUCUUCUAAAGAUUUGCAGCUUGUCAUAUCUGCUGUCCCGACCUUAAAGGAAUCGCACUUUCUCUCUGUUGUAAAGAAUCAGAGGUGUUACAGAUGUCUCAUAUAUAUUCUCAGCUUCCUGCCAACUUCGUAUCUUUCGACACUCAUUGAGGAAUAUUUUGCAUCAACGGAUGGAGUAAACCCAGUUACCCUUGCAAUGUCACUGGAGCUUUUCACGUCUUACCUACUCAGUUGGCAAUCAAAUUCAUUCCAGGAAAAUUGUGAGAGCAAUAUUCUAAAAUGUUUGGAUAUGUUUGUGAAGUUUCUGUCUUCCAAGACUGUAUCGAGUGACUCAAAAGUGCAGAUAAAAUCGAGUGCAUAUUUCUUCAUGUAUCUCACAAAAUACCUCUUGUUGAUGCUAAAUGUGUACAUAGGCAAAGAAAUGGAAUAUCCAGAAAUCCCAGAAUCAUUAAUCUGUUGGAGAGAUAUGUGGAGAAGAGAGGAGAAGGAGAAUAGAUCCCGACUUAAGAAUAAUCUCUUUACGAAAGAUCUUGUGAUUACAUUCCUCAAGCUUUGUCAGCAGAAAAAUGAAGCCAUUAACAUUGGAAUGUGGAUGGAUUGGAGUGAAAUUAACCUACCAGUAAGUGUCAUUCCUCACAAGGGCUCUACUGUCCAUUCCAACAAGACUGCAGAAAAGAGCAUUCAGUCUGUUAUAUGUAACAUAGCCUUUGAUAUCAUGCAGAUCUUCGACUUGCACCCAAAUUUGCAUGAAUCCUGCCAGACCAGCAAAUGUCAAGACUUCCUCCAGUUCAUGAAACAAGUAGCCUGUGACCCCAACUACGACCCAGAUUACGACCUGGGUUUAGAACAGCUCUUACAGGAGAUUGACCUAAGAGACGAAAGGGAGCAAAAAUUACUUGAGAUCCUCCUGGACAAAGAGGAAAUCUAUUCCUCACAGAAGUGCCUCGACUCAGUGAAAAAUCAUCCUGGGAAAGUAUCCUCCAAGACCCGUAAAGAAGUUCUGGUGAAAUACAUCGAUUACGUGAAGUCUGGAAAUGCCGUCAUUGCAGAAUGGCAGGAGUUCAUCUUGGAGUUGGCUGAAGAUAUUCCAUCUGAGGAUCUGAUGCCAAUAAUAGUAGAAAAGUUAGAUUCUGGUCAAAACGAAAUCCUAAAAACCUCAAAUUUUAAUCUUCAAUCAACAGCUGUUUUCAAUCAGCUUGUGGGAGAGAAUGCACCAGAGAUGCAAGAGAAACAUGUAUGGUUGUGUCUCCAGUCUGGUAAGGAAGUGGUCCAACAAGCUGUCACUUUGCCCAUUAGUUUGCCUGGACUAGUUCCCGUUAUGGUACGAGCCUUGUCAGCCAUCCCUGAGGUUUGCCAGGCAACUUCACAGUCUGGUAUAUCUGUGCUUGCAAGUGCUCUGCAGCAAAUACAGGCUGCAGGACUUUCCGGAAGGGAGAAGCAAGAUUUUGCCAACCUUGUGAAGGGCUUAAUGAACACAGCGACUUUGCCAGUGGGGGAAUCUCUGCAUAUUCUUAUUGAACCGUACUUAGGGGUGCAAAGUGAAGAAACUUUGGAAAAUGUUGCAUUACCAUUAGAAUUACUCAAGAACAUCAUUGACAAUCAUCCAUCAACCAUAAUUCAACCUGGCAUCAAAUUGGACAGUUUGAUAAUAAGUCUAAUGUGUGUAAUGAGCAACACAGCCCAACUUCUGGGUCCGCAGGCCAACACUGCCCUUGCAUUGCGACUAGAUGCAGAGCACAUUAUCAGCACCAUAGCCAAAGCUUUGAUAAAAGAUAUGCCUCUUUUUGAGAAAGAUAUUUCAAUCAUCAAACAAGUAACAAGAAACAUGCAGCUCCACCCUCGCAGUUUCCUACCCUUAGUAAAUCUGCUAGAGUGUGAAAUAUGCCAAGAAUCCAUUGUCGAUAGAGUUCUCUAUAAACUCUAUCACAUGGAACUGAAAACUGCAAAGGAAAACCUUCAUGGUGUCGACAGCAGUGAUUUCGAUCUGGAUGUGUCUCAGCCACAGUGGAUCUUGGUGUUAGUCCAGCUAUUGCCUCAUGGUAGUGAAAACGAGUGGAUUUCUGGAAUGUUCUUGACCCACCAGUUUCUACAGUCAGGACAGACAGCCUAUCCAACUCUUCGUGUAAUGCGCCAGUUGUUACAUCUGAUGUGUAUCAAGUGCGUUGGGAGUAGUUUGAACCAAGAAAAUGAGGAAGAUUGCGAUGUUUCUUCCCCGCCUUCAUUAUCCAUCCAACAUUGUUUCAAAAGUUUUUCAGCAUCUGCCAUGGUAUACAUACAAGAGCUCCUAAGGAUCCAACCUUACAACAAGAGGUUCAAUCACCUAUGCAACAUCUUCAAAUGGUGGAGCCAAGGCAUUCCUUCAUUCCAGUGCCACCCAGAGCUUCCUACUCUCUUCCUCGCUAAACUUUGCAACUCCAUAGAGGAAAUGGUCAAAUCGGGGAAGCUCAAGAUUGAACCGGAUGAAGUUGGAAACGAUGGUCUACAAAAUGGAUGCAUGUGGAAGAGCUUCAAUGACAGUGAAGAGAAAAGUGUUCCAGUUGAAAAAGCUCAGCCAAGUUCACAACCUUCUGUUGCCGAUGCUGUGCAAAGUGAAGUAAACGCCUCCUCUGAAGAAAAGGGUAUGGCAAACAAAGAAAAUCUGCAAAAAGAGGAGCUUGCCAGAAAUACAGUUAGCAAAACUAAAAACGAUAUAAGUAGGGCAAGUUUUCAUGUUGAAAUUGAUCAGCUAAUAUUUUGCUUAGUAGCAUAUGUUCCUACCAGUAAUAUAGCAGCAACAGUUGGAAGCAAACUGAAAAAUUUGGAUGAACUUUAGUUGUUGUAGGGCACAAGAAUUUUUGUUUUUGUCUGUCUGUGACUCUGUUUUCUUCAUUUUUUAUGUAACUUUCUUGUUCUUCCUUUUUUAGUUCCCCAUUUUCUGUUAUUUAUUCUUCUUCAUUCUCACAUCUGUCUGGUGCAGUCUCAAUGUUAAUCUUGCCAACCAGGUUACUGUCUCAUACUGAUGAGAUAGGAUGUUGAUGGUAUACCCAGCUAUUCCAUGCACACAGGGUAAUUAUAGAACUGCUAAAAAAACAGACACUACAGCUUGAUUAUAGUGACAAGAGCCUUGUCCCCAGAUUCUGAAUUAUCAUUUAUCAUAAUUGUUAAUGAUCUUUAGGUAGCUUGUUUGAUAAGGAGUUCAAGCUACAUGAGCUGAGUAAAAUAUCAACUGAAAACAAUACAGUUUAACCCAAAGUCUCCAGGAAAAUGUGGUCACUAUAGUAUUGUUUUGUGAAAUGUCCUUGUGCAUAGAUGGCUCUGCUAGUGCUUAGCCACAAAGGAGUAGAUCUUGUGACCUCACUUGAUUUCACCUUGCCUUGAAUUUGUGGGAAAUAUGCUAUCAAUAUGGAUGCUGUUAUUUUUAUAAUAGACAUUAUAAUUAUUAUAGUGUUAAUGACUUUACUAACAGUAUUAGAUACCACAAAAUAUUUUCUAAAAUCAAGGAAAAGGGUGAGAUAGGUAGUACUCAUAAUUGGCUCAUUGGUGACUUAGUACUUGUGGAGCCAUCUGUAUGUAAAAUCAAUAAAUAAAUCAAACUCACAGUGGGCAUGGCAUGUACAUACAUGCUAUCCCUGGUGCCUUUGGGUUAAGAUGUAUAAGAAAUUGUUUUCAACAUUAAUAUGAAAUAGCUUGGAAAGUUGGCAAUAUACUCAAAGUUAGGUUAGCUGUAUGCUCAGAGUGUUAUUAUUCAGUGAUCUGUCUAUGGCUGUGUAUGAGAAAUUUUGAAUUAGUAAAAGAAGAGUGCUGGUCUCUCCCACUCUCAUAGGAAGUAUAAAAUUUCUACGGCCACUUUAUUUUCAUAAAACAGGGUGAGUCAUUGUGUGGGAUUUUUUAUGUCAGCUGAAGGAGUAGCUUCCAAUGGAAAUCAAAAGCAAAAAGGAGAAAGAGAGAGGGAGAGAGAGAGAAAAAAAAAAAACAUUCCUGUGCAAGAACAAAAAUAUGUUUCCAUACUUCAUAAAGAUAUAUUUAUUUUUAUGAUUUCUUAAAGAUUGAUCUCAUUUCCAGUUCAUCCAUGUACCAAAUUUAUGAUUUUAUUGAAAUAAUUAGUUGCCAUUAUAGAUGAAAUAUCAUAAAAUGUUGAAUAGAUUCAGAGCUGAAACUAAAACAUUUGAGAACAAAACUGUGAAAUCAGAAACUAACAAAUCCUAGGAAAAUAUCAGGAUUUCAGUAUACAGAAUUGCAGUUUAACGGGAUAAUCAUAAUGUAUUAGAGAUAUUUGGAUUUAAAGAAUAAGUUUAUAUUAAUUACAUUAAUGGAUACAAAGGAACCUUUUUUUGCACUGAGUUUGUGGAAUAUCAUUGUAUUUUUUCUUUUUUUUUCUCUUUUUUUGAGGAUUCCUGUUGCAUAUAAACCAAAAUUUCUGUAUGUUACCAAAAAAUGUUAAGGAGAAGGCUAAUAUUCUUUGGAACUAUAAUGGGAUUACCUGUGAUAGUGUUGAUAUUUUUGUAAAUAAAUGCAGUAUAUAAAACAUUU